AUUGCCAUCCCUAAUUGGAUAAAAUAUAACUAAAGGAAAGGAAGGAAUUAAUUAAAAUUCCAAAGAGGAUACAUUCAAACAAGCAGAUCGAAUAAUUAUGUACCAAUACCAACCCUGUGCAUACACGUUAGGUAUCUCAUUGUUUAUAAUGACCAUCAUCCCAUUCCAGUAGCUAUCCCUGAAAUAAAAACUUACAGUGAGUAGGUACCUAUUGGAAUCUACCACGUUCAAAUCUUAUCGAGGUGCUGACUUGGAAGAGAAACUCUCUCGAAACUCGAUAAAAAGGAAAACUUACACGUUGUGUCUGUGUAGAGAAGAUGCCAAAUUAAAAUAAGGAAAUUAUCAAUGUCGAAUAAUUGUGUUCGAGAAUUAAUUUGUAAUUGUUUGACCCAGCAGAUAAGCGAGUUGGAAUUGUUAAAAUCAAUGUAUCCUAACAAUGAUGAAAUUGUAUUAACAGACAGCAAUAUGCUGACUGACAUCAACAAUUUCUUAGAUAAUAAAACUGAAUAUAUUCCUAGUCAUUUGGAUUUUACAAUUCAUCUUCUUAUGAAUGAUAUGAAACUGGAAUGUUGCAUCAAUUUGCCAACUUAUUACCCAGAGGAGGAACCUGAUAUCUUUAUAAGAUGUAAUCAAUUGAAUAGACAACAAGAAACACAUUUAAAUAAAGAAUUAAUAAAAUAUAUUAAAGAUAAUCAUUCUGGAGAUGUCUGUAUUUAUACUGCAAUAUCGUGGUUACAGGAAAAUAUUGAAGCAUUUGCUUAUAAAUCAGACAAUGAAGUGAAACCAGUAGUUUCCAAGACCACUGGGGAAGGCAAAUUUGUUCGCUUGUGGAUAUAUUCUCAUCAUAUAUACAAUAAAAAAAAAAGAGAUGAAAUAAUAAAAACAUCCAAGGAAUUGAACUUAACUGGUUUUUGUCUUCCAGGAAAACCUGGUAUUGUGUGUAUUGAAGGACCUGAUUUUAAUUGUCAGGAAUGGUGGAAAAAUAUUAAAUCAAUGAGCUGGAAAAAAAUUAUGAUAAGAAAAACUGAAACUUUCCAAUCAGUUCAAGAAAAAAAUGAAAGAAAAUUUCAUAAUUUUGAAGAAAUUAUAUUUAGAAAUGCAUCUAAUAAAUAUAGCAAACAUGCAGAUAUGAGUGGAUUUUCUAAAUACAUGGAAGAGUUUGGUCUAUCACAAGCAUUUAAUGAAGUUUUUAGACUAGGACCUGAUUGACGAUGUACAUCUACACAUAAAAUUGUAAAUGAAGAUGAAAGAUUAGGUAUUUAGGUAACAACAGAGUAGACAGAGCCAAUAGUUAAAGUCAUUAACUUAAAGAGCACUAGCUGGCAUACAAUUUAUUUAAAUCACUAUUAGACCACCAGUAAAGCUAGAAAAAGGUGUAUAUAUAAAAAUAUAUAUGUAUAUAUAUUAUAUACAUAAUAUAAAAUUAAGUAAACCAUACAAAUCUUCCCUGUGCCCUUGGAUGAAACCUGUAUAUAUGUGACUAAAAUAAUAAAAAAAUAUUACAUA